AAGUGGCAUAUAAAUUUACACAAUGUAGUAAUAAUAAAGGAACAAAAAAUUUAAAUAAAUGGGUUUAAAUUAAAGUUGUGCAGUGUCAUAACUGUCAAAUAGCAGUGACAGUGUUGAGUGUGGACCUAACCCUCCAGCCCUUUGUUGUUGUUCUCACGCUAAUAUGCGAGAUCCGUAGACCCGACUCAACUGCGCGGUCACAUUCCGCCCCGACUUCCCCUCUGCCAGCGGCCUGGUGGUUUGAGAUGAGUAGAAGAUGUCGGUUUCGGGGCUGAAGGCCGAAUUGAAGUUUCUGGUGUCAAUUUUUGACCCAAACCACGAACGAUUCAGAAUAAUAGACUGGAAACCCGAUGAACUCAGCUGUCAAUUCAACGUAACAGGAGAGAAGCUGCUGAUCAUUCACUGCAACAUCACGGAAUCCUAUCCCUCAACGCCCCCAAUAUGGUUUGUUGACUCUGAUGAUCCGAGUCUGGCUGAAGUGUUGGAGCGCUUAGAGGAUGUGAGAAAAGGCAGCACGUUGCUCCUUCAGCAGUUAAAGCGCCUCAUUUGUGAUCUCUGUCGGCUUUACAACCUGCCACAACAUCCAGAUGUAGAAAUGCUCGACCAGCCUCUACCCGCUGGCCCAAUUACCCAAGAGCGAAAGAAUGGGCCAUCAGAUGAGGUUACGUCUGAAGAGGAAGAGGAGGAGGAAAUGGGAGAGGACAUUGACCUGGACCAAGACCUGGACCAUUACGACAUGAAAGAAGAGGAGCCAGUUGAUGGAAAAAAGUCAGAAGAUGAUGGGAUAGAAAAAGAAAAUCUGGCCAUCUUGGAGAAGAUUCGGAAAAAUCAGAGACAGGAUCACUUGAAUGGUGCAGUGUCUGGCUCUGUGCAAGCCUCAGACCGCCUAAUGAAGGAACUCAGGGAGAUCUACAGAUCACAGAGUUACAAGACAGGUAUUUAUUCAUGCGAACUAGUCAGUGACAGCCUUUAUGAAUGGCACGUCAAGUUAAGGAUGGUAGACCCAGAUAGUCCAUUACAUAGUGACUUGCAGGUCUUAAAAGAAAAGGAAGGAGUGGACUACAUUCUGCUCAAUUUCUCUUAUAAAGAUAAUUUUCCUUUUGACCCACCUUUUGUACGGGUUGUCUCACCUGUGCUCUCCGGAGGUUACGUUCUAGGAGGAGGGGCCUUGUGCAUGGAGCUUCUCACAAAACAGGGCUGGAGCAGUGCCUAUUCCAUAGAAUCUGUCAUUAUGCAGAUAAAUGCAACUCUGGUUAAAGGAAAAGCCAGGGUGCAGUUUGGAGCCAAUAAGAACCAGUACAAUCUUGCCAGAGCACAACAGUCGUACAAAUCCCUCGUGCAGAUCCAUGAAAAGAACGGCUGGUACACACCACCUAAAGAGGAUGGAUAAGGAGCUACUACCACUAUGCACUGGGAACAUGUCUUUGGGUCAAAGUAUCUUGUUUUUUUUGGAAUAUUUUCCCCCCUCUGACUUAACUGGGGAUAUAUCAUCUUUCUUGCGGAAACCAUCUCGUUGGCUCAUCUGACAAGUAUUCCUUCGCCCCGCUCCGGGAAGAGACUUUAUUCUGGUAUCACUUUGCUUCUUUCCUCAGUGUUUUAGUGAGGAGGAGGAUGUGAGGGGUAUCACUAGUCCUGUUUUCUAAAUAUGCUCAUUUGUCUUUAAAAAAAAAAACCUUUUCUCCCUUUAAAUGUGGGGAAAUGCUUUUUCUUUAGCUGCUUCGACAAAGUGGGCUUCACAAACAGUCAGUUAACCCUCUUUAAAUGGGAAUUUUAACAGAAGAUUGAUACUGAAGCUCUUGAUGUGGCACCUCAUAGCACCUGUUUUUAUUGGCCACUUUCCCCCCUCCCAUCACAUCUCAAUAAACAAUCAGUUGAGAUGACUUACAAACUCAGUAUCUUUUAGCUCUUACUUUUUAAAAUGCGCGAAGAAUAUCGGGCCAAGCAGAAUCAAAAUGCUGCAGUGUUGUUGAACUAAGAUUAACUGUUGUCUGUGAACAAAUCCACCCGUGGUUGAUAAUAACACAGCACCAGUGGACAUGAAAUAUCUUUAAAUCUGUUUGUUGCAUAUCUUUGGAAAAAGACACCUACAUUUAUUUUCACCAGAGGAUGAUAAGACGACUGUUGCAGCAUUAUUUUUGGAAGUUUUAACAGGUCUAAUGUCAAAGCUAAAGAGUGCUUUUUGCCUCAGUUCUGUUAACACAAAGGCCCAGCAAGCACUCAGUUUGGCUAUUGGUGUUUCUAUUGAUUAUAGCUGUAGAGGUUGAUGGCUAGUUUGAUGCUGAAAAUGAAGCCAUGUGUGUGCAAAGUUAACAGCAUACUGCACCGGAGCCUUGUCUCAGCCGCUGUUAUAAACAGGGUUCCCACUGCCAUGAAAUUUGUGGAAACAGUAUGAAACUUUUUCCAGAAUGUUUUGGAAAAGUUUUGAACAUACAUUGUUUUGGCUUUUGUUUAAAAUAUGUUCAUAAAAAUCCCAAAACACGUCUAGCAUUAUGUAAAGUACGUUCACCAUAUUAAUAACUUAAAAUCUAGUGCUAAGCUGCUGUUGAAAUAUCACUGGUCUCCCAUAAUACGCAUAGACCACACCGUCAUCGCCAACGACUUGUCCCCUUUUGGGAGAAAGAAGUACAUAUAAGAAGACAAAUGGGAAAAUGCCAAAAAGCUGUUAUGUAGCCAGUUAAACAAGGCUUUACGUUGAGAUUUGAGGCUCAAUAGAAGUGUGAAUAUUCACUGUCAGUGCGGUAAAUCUCUAAAUGAUGCUAGUGACAGUUACUACUGAUGGAUAGCUAACAUUAGCCGGAGUGCCACGCUGCUGCAGUACAGUCAGUCAGGACAGCAGCAUCAAGCUGUCAUCACCAGUUAAAUCUCAGCCUAUAGAUCGAACAGUGUGCCAUUAAAAGUUUGAUUAUUGACAAACACUCAGCCUAAUGAUACCUGGCAAUCCAGUCCAAUAUUUAUAUUUGAUUGAAACACCAGGUAUCCUGAUCAGGACGUGUAUACAUGUCUAGACAUCCUGAUGAGCAGGGGUCAUUCCUCCACUGUGAUGUGGGAAGAAGGAAAAGACAUGACGGCAGUCAACCUCAAUGUAGUCGGGUAUUGUGAACGCUCAGGUUCAGGCAACAUCACAAGACAAUUAUUAAACAUGUCCAUAAAACAAACAUUAGUUAAACUAGAAAUACUUCCAUCCAAACAUGUAAAAAUUAUGAUCCAAAAUGCGUCACAUUACAUCUGCAUCUACAGCAUCUUUGGUUUUCUGUCCCCCAAAUGGUCGCAGCCUUGACGUUCCUUCAGGUACCCAUAUGUGCCAGUCUGGUCUGUUAGUAUAAGAGGGCAGUUAGUGGCAGGAAUAUCUGACUGAGACAUGAGCAAGUGCUAGCAGGUGGCUUAUCCGCGAAUGUGUGGGAAGUGCGUAUUUAAUUAUCUAUGGCUAUAUCGCGGUGUAGGCUUACCCAGUUUAGACAAAGUUUAUGUAAAGACAUGGAAUAUUAUGGAAAAGUUUUGAAAAUUCAUUAGUAAAAAUAUGUGGGAACCCUGUACAGAAGGUAGUUGGACUUUUUUCAGUCACUCUGUGAAGCUCUGGGCUUUACAGAGGCGAUAAAUAAAGGGUGUUUGGAUGUGAUGUUUUCAUCAUUUUGCCCAGUUUAGCAGAUGCCUGUAUGUCACCUCCUCCUGACAUACAUCGAGUGUAGUGGUUUGCCCAGUUUGGAGUUGAAACUGCUUCCCUGUUACGUGACGUCACACAUGCAACUGGAUUCAUCCCCUCCCGUCUUUUUUUUUUUUAAUCAGUCAGCAGCUAAACAUCCACCAUCUGCAGGGCUUCCUUUGCCACAGCAAUGUAACACAAACAUUGUGGGUGCCACUUAUGGUGUGUAACAAAGAUCCUUCAGAGCUGACCUGGAACUCAAUGAAACCGUAACCAUGCAAUAUACAUCACAGUACAUCUUCACUACUGCUGUUCCCCCAUACUACAGCGACACACACUGUGUCUAUUAAUCUGUCGGCUCUUUUGCAGUUUAUUUGUUAACACUGUCUGCAAAAGUACGUUUGAAUGGCAACUCAGGUAACAAACAAUACUUAGGAGGGGAAUCUGUACAUGUACAUGUUGAGUUUGGGGUUCUUUUCUUGGGUUAAUUAAUGCUCUGUACCGCUGACGUUUAGGCUGACUCACCCACUGAUCUGAUGUCAGACACAGAAAAUGUAAAGAGCUUUAUAAAAAUAUGGGCCACAUGUUUCCUUUAAUUCGAGCGACGUAAGAGGAAGCUGCCAUUUUAAUAGGAUUGCAGUAGCAUGAUGAUCACCUCAUGUAACUGCUCAUCAACACCCACUGUAGUAUUGUAUGCUUUCUUUUCCUCCCAAGUACUGAAGUAUAGUUGAUUUCUUCUUUAAAUAUUCCUGAUAAAAUAAUAUUUGCACAACAACGUCCCGGGAAAGGUCAAUUACAACAAACACACUCUGAGCGAAAUAAUUUAAAGUCAUGAUUUUUUUCCUCUCAGCACACACAUCCUGUUGUUACAUGUCUGAUAGAGCCGAGGGAGGGAGGAAUCAUCAGGUCUCGUUAUCAGGAAGUGUCCUCACCUGAUAUUCAGAGAUGAUUGGAGUUUGACAGUCAUGCCGUGGUGAAUAUAGACUUGCACGCUUCUCUAACUGGACUGUGUGUUGAAAGGAUUCAUUUAUCUUGUCUCUCGAUUUAAUUUUCUGGCACCGACGAGACACGAUCAAGUCUGGCACCGUUGGCUCGCUUUGGUUUUUCUUUUCUUUUUCAUUUUCCAUUUGAAGAAAUUUUGACCAUGUACAGUAAUUUGUAAACUUGCAUCAAGUUUAUGAAUAAAGAAUUUUAAGAUUA